AUGGAUGGAGACGACGCCUUUGCAAGGAGACCUAGGGUUGGGGCUCAAAUACCAGAGAAGAUACAAAAGCAUCCCUGGAGACAAGUCUGUGACCAUGUACUACAUUUGGUGAUUCUCAGUCCAUUCUGGAAGGUGGGAAGAGAGCCAGCCAGCAGCAUUAAAGCCCUACUGUGUGGCAGGGGAGAAGCUAGGGCCUUCGAUGAUAUUGCCAAAUACUUCUCUAAGAAAGAGUGGGAAAGGAUGAAAGUCUCAGAGAAAAUCGUCUAUGUGUAUAAGAAGAGAAAGUAUGAGGCCAUGAGUAAACUAGGUUUCAAGGUCACCCUCCCACCUUUCAUGCGUAAUAAACGGGCCACAGACUUCCAGGGGAAUUAUUUUGAUAAUGACCCUAACCAUGGGAAUCAGGGUGAGUAG